CGGCGGAUCUCAACCUCUGAAUCCAACCCCCGUGUCUUCUCUCAUCCUUCCCCUCUUCCCUUCUCGCUCACCCGGGUUGCUUUCUCUCCGGAGCCGCGGGAGCUUCUACGUCUUCUUUCUCUCGACUUCGGCCAACAGUUUGCUCUUUUUGGAUUUGGGUUUUUCUUCUUGGACGUUUUGAUGAGUACUCGCUGCUGAUUUCACUCAGCACUGCUCCUCACUGCUGCCGCCGCCGCUGCUGCUUCUGCCGCCGCUGCCGCUUUUACGCACCGACGCUUAUUUUGGAUUUGCUCGGCAGCACCGCUGGAGAAAAACAGAGAAAGACAAUAAGAAGCAAGAACAGCGAGGUGGAUCCGUGGAUGCGCCCCUUUGGCUCACGCUGGAGAUGGAAACGCUGAUAUUGUUAUUUCAUUCCCUGUGGAUAUUGCAAUGCAACACUGUGAGCGCCGACUCCAUCAUUCACAUCGGUGCGAUAUUUGAGGAGAACGCAGUGCAGGACGAUCAGGUGUUCCAGCUCGCCGUGUCUGACCUCAGUCUGAACGACGACAUCCUGCAGAGUGAGAAGAUCACACACUCGAUUAAACUCAUCGCGCCCAACAACCCUUUCCAGGCGGUGCAGGAAGCCUGUGAGCUGAUGAACCAGGGCAUCCUGGCUUUGGUGACCUCCACUGGCUGUGCCUCAGCAAGUGCCCUGCAGUCCCUGACGGACGCCAUGCACAUCCCACACCUGUACAUCCAGAGGAACAGCGAAGGAUCUCCUCGCACUGCCUGCCAGUUCAACCCGAGCCCGGGCGGGCAGCGCUACACGCUGGCCGCCCGGCCACCCGUACGCCUCAAUGACGUCAUGCUGACGCUGGUGGAGGAGCUGCGCUGGCAGAAGUUCAUCGUGUUUUAUGACAUCGAGUACGAUAUCCGCGGCCUGCAGGGUUUCCUCGACCAGACGUCCCGCCAGGGUGUCGACGUGGCGUUGCAGAGAGUGGACAGGAACAUCAGUAAAAUCUUCACCAACCUCUUCACCACCAUGAGGACCGAGGAGCUCAAUCGGUACAGAGACACACUGAGGAGAGCCAUCCUGCUGCUCAGCCCACACGGAGCGCACACAUUUAUCCAGCAGGCAGUGGAAACAAAUCUGGCCUCCAAAGACAGUCACUGGGUGUUCGUCAACGAGGAAAUCAGCGACACAGAGAUCCUGGAGCUUACCCACAGUGCACUGGGGCGCAUGACGGUGAUCCGGCAGAUCUUCCCCUUGUUGAAGGACAGCAGCACCCGCUGCAUGAGGCAGAACCACCGGAUCUCCUCGCUGCUGUGUGACCCACAGGAAGGACACCUGCAGAACCUGGAGGUGUCCAACCUGUACCUGUACGACAGCGUGCUGAUGCUUGCCAACGCGUUCUACAGGAAGCUGGAGGACAGGAAGUGGCACAGCAUGGCCAGCCUGAACUGCAUCAAGAAGUCCACCAAGCCCUGGAACGGAGGCUGGUCCAUGCUGGAGACCAUCCAGAAGGGAAAUAUCACAGGUCUGACAGGUACGAUGGACUUUAAGGACAGCGGCUCCAACUCCCACGUCCAGUUUGAGAUCCUCGGCUCGAGCUUCAGCGAGACCUUCGGCAAGGACAUCAAGAGGCUCGCCACGUGGGACUCGGUUCACGGCCUGAACGGCAGCCUGAAGGAGAGCCGGAUAGAGAACGGCAUGCAGGGAGUCACGGUCAAAGUGGUCACGUUACUGGAGGAUCCUUUUGUCAUGGUGGCGGAGAACAUCCUCGGGCAGCCGAAGAGAUAUAAAGGCUUCUCCAUCGACGUCCUGGACGCCCUCGCCAAGAUCCUGGGCUUCAAAUACGAGAUCUACCAGGUAGCGGACAGUAAAUAUGGAAGUCGGCUUCCCAACGGCUCGUGGAACGGCAUGAUUGGUGAUCUAAUCAACAAGAGAGCGGACCUGGCGGUGUCCGCCAUCACCAUCACGCCAGAACGGGAGAACGUGGUCGAUUUCAGCAAGCGCUACCUCGACUACAGCGUCGGCAUCCUGCUCCGAAAGCCCGAAGAGAAGAUCAACAUCUUCUCUCUCUUCGCGCCCUUCGACCUCGCCGUCUGGGCCUGCAUUGCCGCCGCAAUCCCCGUGGUGGGAGUGCUCAUAUUCCUCCUCAACAGACUGCAGGCGCUGCGCUCCUCGUCCCAGAAUGCACCUCCCGGUCAGCCAGCUAACGGAGCAGGGUCGGGCACCCUGCACAGCGCCAUCUGGAUCGUUUACGGAGCGUUCGUGCAGCAAGGUGGGGACGGUGUGGUGGGAUCGGUCGCUCUGAGGAUCGUCAUGGGCAGCUGGUGGCUCUUCACGCUCAUAGUUUGUUCAUCAUACACCGCCAACCUGGCGGCGUACCUCACCGUGUCACGCAUGGAUCACGCUAUACGGUCUUUCCAGGACCUCGCGAGGCAGAUCGACGUGGACUACGGCACUGUGAGGGACUCGGCGGUCUACGACUACUUCAGAAACAAAGGCACCAACCCUCUGGAGCAGGACAGCACCUACUCAGAGCUGUGGAGGACCAUCAGCAAGAACAACGGCAUGGAUUACUCCGUGUCCAGCCCGUCAGAGGGAAUACGCAAGGCAAAGAAGGGUCCGUACGCCUUCCUGUGGGACAUGGCGGUGCUGGAGUACGCGGCCCUGACGGAUGACGACUGCACCGUCACCGUGUCAGGAAGCAGCAUGAGCAGUAAAGGCUACGGCAUCGCCAUGCAGCACGGCAGCCCCUACAGAGACCUCUUCUCACAGAAGAUCUUGGAGCUGCAGGAAAAAGGCGACCUGGACAUCAUGAAGCAGAAGUGGUGGCCCCGCGCCGGCCGCUGCGACCUCAGCAGCCACGCCAGUGCCCACCCAGACGGCCGUUCCCUCAAGCUGCACAGCUUCGCCGGCAUCUUCUGCAUCUUGGCCGCGGGCCUGCUGCUGGCCUGCCUGGUGGCUGGGCUGGAGGCUUGGUGGAACAGCAACCACUGCCGCCAGGAGCAGCCCAAAGAGGUUACUAAGGAUUACAGGCUGGCAAGGGUUUCUGGUCCAUUGACAUAUAAUGACAUUACAACUGCUUCAUCGGAGGGGAGGAGGGACAUUUGGACAGACAGAGAGAGAGGCUGGGAUGAAGCAGAAGCUAUUGAUACAGGACAAGGAGGUGAAUCUGGAACAGGUGCAUCGUCGUAUGAACAGUCUUUUGGACGAGGACUUGGCCCACAAGCAGAUCCCCGGCCCCUCUAUCGAGAUCUCUGCGCUGGACAUCGGCAGCAUGCAGCCCAGCCAGGCCUCUCUGGUCCCGGGCCCGGAGUCCAGGCGGGACUACCCACCCUCGGGCCUCGCUGUGACCACCUUCCUCCCCGGGGAGGGGGCACCACCUCCUCCUCUUCCCCACCCUCACCAUGGGGGGACCCUAGGCAGGACGCUACCCCCAUCCCAGGGCCCUGGCAGCAGCACGUUGCCCCCACACCACCCGCUCAGCAGCACCAGCCUCAGCGGCACCAUGCAGUGCAAACACAGGGCGCCCAACGGGGGGCUCUUCCGGCAGAGCCCUGGCAAGACACCCAUGCCAAUGUCCUACCAGGCAGUCUCCGCAGGACCCAUACCCGAAGCCAUUGAGGCCACCCACAGUACAUCGAUAUAAGA